UUCAUCUCAUACGUCAACACCGUCAACACGACGUUAAAAAAAAUGAAGUUUGGUGAUUUAGAUUAAAUUAAAAUUCGAUUUAUUUAAAGUUCUCACUGAAUUAUAAAUAACAAUGUCGCCAGAAAUAGUUGAUAUUAACGCUCGUUGCACAGGGGAAGGUACCUUGCCCAGUUUUCAGUUGUAAACGUGUAAAUACAGUAAUAUUUUUAACAUCCAUCGCCAGCAGUAAUCAAACAAACCAUGGAGGCCACAAUCUCACAGAACUUUGCAAAUAUACUCAGCACCCUGACAAUACUGUCAUGCCUCUUCCUCAAAGUGCCACAGAUAAUGUAUAUAAAACAAAAGAAGUCGGCAGAGGGAAUCUACGUACAGGCUAUGCUCAUGGAAAUAUUUGGGUUCUCCAUAAUGACGUUAUACAACUUCACAAACAACUACGGCAUCAUGACGUACUUGGAGUAUCCGAUAAUAUUGCUGCAAGUAUACGUGAUGUUCUACUAUGUGCUCAAGUUUAAGAAGAUGCUGGCUUCUUCCGCAGUACCACUCACUACUCUGGCGUACUUCUCUGCUGUUGUCGGCUUCGUGACGGGCGCUCUACCGAAGGGUAUACUUGGAUAUCUCGUGCCAUUCUGUACGCCUCUGAGCGGCUUCGCGAAGGUGACAUACAUCUACGGGAUUAUCAAAGAGCAGAAUGCUGACGCCGUUUCGCUGACAACAUGGGUGAUAUCUGUCUCCACAAACCUAGCCCGCAUAUUCACGGUCUACGUGGACUCGGCAGACUUCAAGCUGUUGCUGAACUUCUUGGUGUCUACAGUCCUGAGCUCUGCAGUACUAGGAACUGCUAUCUACUUCAAGAAGUGCACCAGCCCACAACCAACGCCCCGGCCCCGAAGAAAGUCAGUCGCUCAACACUACCAUUCCGAUUAGGUUCGAUAUUUUAUAAUAGGUAUUUCUUUAAUAGUUGACGCACGGCCAAUCUGAAUAACCUAGUAGAUUUGUUUUAUCAACAAUAUAUCUCGAGAGUUAGAUACGCUAUGAGCCUUUUCUACAAAAGAGAAAUUUAGCUUACACGCUUGGGAGGUUUAUCAGAGAGAGAGAGAGAAUUGCUAACUGGUCUUUGCUAAAUAAUAGCAGCCACGUAAUCGACUUCGUCGACACUCGCGGGAACAGAGGGGUUGGUGAUCUACUCUCUCUCUUCUAUAUCUCUCUCUCUCUCUCACUCUCUUGCUUACUAGACAUCAUUUUGAAAUAAACUCCAUAGAAAAAGCAAAUUAUAUGAAAUAGGUUAUGAAGACUGGCCGUUAGUUGGGAAAUAAAUGUGUAUGAAUGUUCCGUAACUAUGAUAAUUAUGUGAUAAGACUACGCUUGCGGUAGUAGGUAAUUUGCUAAAGCGGAACUAAAUCGUUUGACAUGCCUGCAUGCGUGUAUCACAAGUAUUUGUACUGCAUGGCUAUUAAUAAAAAUGAAAUAUAAAAACAGAAGAGAUCAAAAUAAUAGUAUCAAUGAAUCAAGUUAUUAUAAUAAUGCAUGUGGGCGUGUAUAACGUUUGGCCCCUAUUUCAUAAUGUCUGAUUAGCUUAAUUGACAUAUUUUCUAAGAAUAAUACAUCAAAAUAUGUUGUAUACGUUUGCGACGUCACCGCGUCUACACACGCUGCUCAUGAAUAAGAGUCUCGCUGUGACUUGAAACUAGUAGAGCUUUUCUCAAUUGGUUCUCAAUAGUAUGCGGUUGUUUUAAAUUAACGCCCAAAUAUGUCAGUUAAACUAAUAUAGACUUUAUCAGUUAUUGUUUUACAGACCCUUUUUGUAUGAAAUUUUAGAACUAUUUUCUUCUCUUUCUAUUCUUAAAUCAGCAUCUAUUCUUCCUACUCUAUCAGUACAUGAAAAAUUACUCGUAAACUUCCCCUUUUAACAAUUAUAAUACUCUUAAGAACGCUAAAUCGUGUAUAAGUUUACGCUUUUGGAUUCAUUGGUAUCUCAAAUUGAAAAUUCUCAUCAAUUAUGUUUUAAACCGACUUCGAAAACGGAGCAAAAUAAUUUUUGGAAUCGGUUUUCAAAAUCCUUUUUUUUAUUUGAGAUUAUCUUUUUCUAGUGGUCCCGUAAUAUGGGUGUCAAGUUUCAAAGGAUUAUGAGCUAAGUAAUUGCGUGGUUGCGUUUUACAAACGUACCUUCACAUGCCCAAUGCACAUAUCACCCAAAUUUUGUGGAUCACACAAAGAGUUGCUCGCUGUGCGGCAGCCAGGUACUGCCACCGCUCUAUCCGUGCAGUCAAAUAUUAACUGUCUGCGAUUUUGUUUUCGAAGUCGGUUUUUAAUAGAAAAUUUAAACUGUAUUGACAAUUUUUAAACUAUAUUGACAUUUUUUUAUUAUUUUACAACGGUUUUAUAUCUCCGUAAUGUUUUAUUGUACUGCAUGCAAUAGCAAUUAUAUAUUUUUGAAUAAUAUUAAUUAAUUUAUUGAAUUGUAGUAAUUUAUUAUUAAUUAUACUCAUAUGGCGAAUGAUUUGUGAGUCCAUAUUGUUAAUCUAUAAGCAUUCCUUUAGUUAUGUGCGAUAUCUUCACGGCAGCUAAGCAAACCAAAAAGUAUCUAAAAAUUAAAUACUCUUCCACACUUAAUGUUAACGAAACACCAAGCAAAUUUGAAGCUUAAAUGUCCAAACUUAAAGUUCAAAGUUAGUAUAAAUAGUGAAAAAAUAAGUGCCAUAACGGAAAACAGUAUAUUCGUUAUAUUUUUGUAUGAAUUAUACAUAUUUUUGAACGUAGAGGCAACAUACCUAUUACAAAACUGUUAAGGAAAUAGCAUCCUUAUAACUAAAGGACAUAAGACAGAAAGUUGUAUAAAAAUAAACAAAUUGUAACAUUACUACGCAGUUAUUCACAUAAUCCUUGCUAGUAUGAGUAGGAUGAAACUGUCGCUGACUCUACUAAAUGGAUAUAAUGAUUAAUUAAGGUUCAUUUGUCCGUGCAUGGGACACUGGAAAAAAUAUACGCCAAAUGCGUGUAACAUCUAUUAUCGUGAUCGAUAAAAGUAGCCUAAAGCAUUAAGACUAUAAUUAAUUCGGUCACUGCCUUUGGCCCGCCUCACAUACAAUAGCACUCAUUCAUGACAUUUGCAAGAAGACCAAUUGCGGACGCACACGUGUUCACCUAUGUCAAAGCGAUAUUGGCGCAGUGUCGUGAUUCACGACUCGUGUGUCGUGAACUAGUGCGAGUGUCAGCAUGUGCGGCGGGCUCGUGUAUACGUGAAGCUUCGUAUCCAUGUCUCAUUUAAUAACACAAAUACUCUGAAAUAAAACCAAAAAAUAUUAUCUAUUAUAUAAAAAUAAGUCGGGUUUUCCUUCCUGACGCUAUAACUCCAGAACGCACGAACCGAUUUCCAUAGUUUUGCAUUCGUUGGAAAGGUCUCGGGCUCCGUAAGGUUUAUAGCAAAGAAAAUUCGGGAAACAUUCAAGUGAAAACCAGGAAAACCGGGAAAACCUUAGGUGGCGAUACGAAGUUCGCCAGGUUUGCUAGUUGUAUAUAAUAAUGUAAUUUUUUAACAAAGUCAGUUUCGAGUAUUUUAUCGAGAGCACUUGGACGAUGUGUGUAGGUGAUAAUGCUCAUAUUAGGCACUUUUGAAUGUUCGCAUUCGACACAUAUUUUAGGCUUUAAUGUCGGGAAAAUUAUAGUGAGAAUUUACUUCAAAAUUAUUUAUUAAAUUACGUACCUGUAAACUAAGAAGUUAAUGUCGAAGUUGUCGAUUUGCUAAUAGAGGCUUAUUAACACAAGUAAUGCACUGCACAAGUAUUGUCAAAGUUAGCAAAAUCUAGAAAGUUACAUAAACAUGCACGGUCUGCACUGUAGGACAAAGUUUUAAUAUUUAUAAAAAGGUAUAAAAUAAUGAAAUGUUAAAAAUAUUGCAAAUUGUUGAAAAAAUCUAGUUGUUGCCUUAUCCCAGUCCAUUUUACUAGAGUUAAUAAUAUUCCUAAAGUACCUCUUAAAAUUGGAAUUGAAUUAUAGAUAUAAUCGCACAAGUCCUCGCUAGUGAAUAAUUAAGUAUAGAAGCAGCACCCUUAUGUACGCUACACACCUUACUAUUUAAUUAUAAAGUCGGACUGUACAGUUAAAUCUUACGUCCAAACAUCCCAUAUACCUUACGAUUUAACUGUACAUUUUAUCUAUUUUUGAUUCGAUUCAAUUAAACUUAAAACUGAACAGCGCAACUGUUUGCUCGUAAAUCAAUUUCGGGUAAGGAUACGACCCUAAUGGAACAAAAUUUGGUAAUGGUGCCAUGUUCUUGCAAAAUCUUGAAUGCUUUUUAGUAAUUUCUACCUUAUUAUUCUCGCCGUUUCUUCCCUCUAUUAAGAUGUCUUCUAUAUUACAUCCUGUAAGCAGAAUUAUUGAAUGUUAAACGUUAAUAUAAAAUUAUAUUUAGAGUUGUUAUAGUAUAUUGCUAGUUGAUGUUCGCUGGUUGAUAACGGAGAAUGCUAAAGAAUUUUAAAAUGCAGCAUUUGUAUGCGAGUAUUUUGAAGCACGCUAGGAAAAUAUUUUAAAUUAUACUUUGUAUGGUAUUUACAAGCGUACAAAAUUUAUGUGAAUAUUUAAUACAUAGUUUUACUUUCAAUAUUGUUUUCGGUUUACCAUUUGUUAUAGAAUUUAGUAACAAAUGAACUCGUUAUUUGCCGGAACCUAGAACUAAACGAUACACAAUAUAUUUUUCUUUGUUUGAUAUAGCAGCAACAAAAAGACAUUGCAUAAGCCACUGGUACACAAUGCAAUGUCCUAACUUUUAGUUUUUAUAAGGUGUUCUAAAAUUACCACGGCCUUAAUGGGAGGAAAUGUUGUGUUUGAAGAUUACAAUAGUGAAGAUUUCGUACCCCGAGACCAGUUAAUUCAAUUUGAGAACAUAAAGAAGCUACAUAAACAUUGACUCUACUCUGCAUAGUGGUUCACAAAUACGCACGAUACGUCGCUUCGUCAAAAAAGCGAUAGAUACAGUGAAAGAGAUAUAUUUCUUCAUAACAAACUCUUACGUAGAUAUUUUUUAAAGAAAAUAAAUAUAGUCUCAUAGUCAAUAGUUAAUAUUUACUAUUGUAAUCUUCAGACACAACACUACCUACGUCCCAUUAAAGCCGUGGCAGAUACUUUUAAAGCUCCUAUUCUCCUACAUACAUAUAAGAACUCAAACCUACAAUAAAGUUUCUCCUCGUUAUUCUAGCUAAACCAGUGAACUAAAAUAUUCCUAAUAUAUUAUAGAUAUUUAAAUGAAAUAUCUUAGUUUAUCCUAAGACACCAGUAGUUCUACAAUUAUUUUAAAAGCACAAAAUCUUGCUAUCCUUAUUCUAGUCACUAUCCAAUUGGCUUUGAAUAAUCUUGUCAAAUUAUAUAAAAUGUAGAAUAUUCUCGUAUUUAUAGAAUUUUUGUGGUAUUCUUGUACCUUGUUGACCAAUGGUAUUAUAAGUAAAAAGGUAUAGAAAAGUUAUAUAUGCAUAGCAAACAGCACGUUAAAAUGUGGCUAACUAGCCACAUUUCACUUCAGUAUUGCCUAGCACCGUCAACGUAUUCAACGCGUGUGCCGUUAACAAGAUCGAAUGUUGCUUAAGUAUUCUAUCAAUACCUUUUUACUUUAUAAUACCGUUGCUAUCAUUUAAUUUAUUCUUUUAAGGUUUUUAAGAUACUUGACUCAUUGUUUUACUCUAAGAUUUUCAAUGGUAUCUAAAUGGAAUUUAGCAUAAAUUUCAUAAUAUUACAUUGCGUUUAUGGCUUUAAAUGAUGGUUGAAACAAUGUUCUCUUUUUGAGCCUAAUCUUGUCUACUUUUAUUACACGUUUCCUAUUGGGUGAUUAUUUUGUAUUUACAGUUUACAAACUUUUAUCUUUUUACAUAGAAACAAGGCUACACUACUGCUGCUAUAAUAUUGAAAUACUCAUAUAUGUGAAUUUAGUUAAUAAUUCGGACACUCACUAUUAAAAUACCUUAUAUUGGAGGACUACAAUGUCAUUCACAAUCACUAGACAAGGCAAAAAGGUUUUCUAAGUUUAUAUAUCCCUGAAUAAAUAAAAAGUGUGAAUUAUGUACCAUGUGUUAUUUUAAUGUUGGUAAUUAAUAAAAUUUAAGUCUGUUCGAAAACGAAAUAAAGCCAUGGAACUUCCACCAACUGUCACUGUUGUGCGUAUGUGAACUUAGCAUGAAAAGACAAUUUAAAAUAACCGUAUUUUAAUAUUUUCCCCUGAACUUGUCUCUGUCAUUCUUAUCAUUAUUCUUUACAACAGAAAUAAUAUCUGAGAGUAAUAAUAAUUAUUUUACAAUGUAUUUGGUGCCAUUUAUUUUUAUAAUGCAAUUUGUAUCAUGUCAAAUAGAAUAAGUGCCAAAUAAAUGGUCCUAGUUAAAAUUAAUUUCAAUGGUUAUUUUAAAUAAAACAUGUAGACAACACA